AUGUCUUUCUCGUCAAAGGCAUCCGCGAGCGGGAAGCGAAAGACGAAAAAGAAGAAAAUUUUAGACCCUAUUGCUCUUGAGCGCGCGAGAGUGGAAGAAUGUGAAAAAAAUCGCGUUGAACAGCUUAUCAGAAGGGAAAGGCUGAAGGAAAUCAUCGAUGUUGAGAAAAACAUGACCGAGGUUUCGCUGAAAUUAAUUGAGGCGCGAUGGAUUUCCUUUUUGCGAGAGUGCAAGCAGGAGGAGCUAAUCGCAAAUGCGAAUGCGGCAAGGCGCACCUUUGAACAGGAACUUGUCCAAAAAAAUUUGGCAGUUUCAUUUCUUUCCUCUAAUUUAGAGGAGAUUGAGGAACAACACAAACUCUCCCUUCGUUCACAUAUGGAAGUAGUAGACUCUCUUCGUUUGAUGCAAGCUCACCACACUUCUCAUCUUGAGCAGGAGUUUCAAUCUGAUUUGCUCAGCACGAAAAAGAAUUUCGAGCUUGAAUUCUCAGAGUUAGCGCGCAAUCACAAAAAUGAAUUAAACGAUCUAAAUUUGAUUCUAAAAAAUAUUGCUGAGGAGGCUGAACUUCUUGAAAAGCAGCAGCAAGAGGAAAUUUCCGAAUCGCAUGAGACCGCGGUCGAAAAAAUGGAAGAGUUUAAAAAGAAAAUUCAAGACAAGAUGCUUUGCGCGACGGAAGAGAUCCGCAAGGAGUUGGAUCAGCGCUACAAAGACUUCAUGUUGGCCUCUCAGGUCAGCAUGAAGGAGUACGCGGACAAGUCCAAAGAGGAUCAGGAGAUAACCGAGCACAUUGCCCUACAGCUGAAGAAGAUUGACAAACUUCAGCAGGACGUUUCCUCCUGGCGGCUGAACAUCGCGCGGAACGCCGGGGAGUGGGAGCAGCGCAAUCGCGCCAUGCUGAUGGAGCGCGAUGCGACCCUAGCGCACUUAAAACGUCUAAAGCGCAAGAUGCAAAAUUGGCGGCGUACACAGGCCCGACUUCUCACCGAACUGAUCAAGAACGCGACGACGAGUGAGAAGUCGUUGGAGGUUUUGGAGAGGCGAGCGGAGAGUUUACUGCGCCUGGUUCAGCUUUGCAAGCCUUUAGAAACGGAGCGGGAACAGGUAUUGCGGUUGGAUACCAACCAAACCCCGGCGGAAAUUGAGCAAGAUAUUCGACAUCGACUCACGCUAACGGACUCCAAUGGCAAUGACGAAUCGACGCUGCGAUGUUCGGUGGAUGAGGGGAAUACGUCGUCAUCUUCAAAUUGGCAAAAUUUGCAUCGCUUUUGGGCUCGACAUAAUAAGGUCGUGCUCGACUGCGCGGCAAUCAGCCAGGAGAAAAAUCUUCUCGAGCAGGAGCAGCAACACCUGAAAAAUAUGCUCAAACAAUACCUGGAUGACAUAUCGGUGAACGAUAGUGUAAUGUGCCAGGAUAAUGCCCUUUUAAUGUGCAAUCAAAUCCCCAAUGUCGUCCAGCUCGCGCAGGACCAGAAGAAAGGUUAUACGGAAUAUAAUACCGUUGUGGAAGGUAACAAAUUUAUUAGUGAUAUAUAUCGACAAAUGGUUUCUUCGUAG